GACUGAGCGGAAAGGAAGCGUAGAGUCACACGUGUUUACUACAGGGUACGGUCAUGUCUGAGCAUAGUGCCGUUGUAUAUUGAACACAGACCUAUUUUUAAUACAAGCCAAUCGUAGAAAACAUGGCUCAAAGAAAAAAGAAGUUGACGAAGAGAAAAGGCCGCCCCGGCAGAAGGGAGCCCGAGGCGGACUCGGACAGCGGAGGAGAUGUUGGACUUGUUACCGAUAACCGAGGCGACGAGGAGGAGAACUCAUGCAGAAAGUUGCCUCAUUUCCCGGCGGCCACAGACGGCUGCACCUCGGACGUGGAGCCAGACACCAGACAGCUGGUCCGGUGCCAGAACAAGAAGAAGAAGAAGUCCGGAGGGUUCCAAUCCAUGGGUCUCAGUUAUCCCGUCUAUAAAGGGGUCAUGAAGAAAGGGUACAAAGUCCCUACUCCAAUCCAACGAAAGACGGUCCCAGUCAUACUGGAUGGUAAAGAUAUCGUGGCCAUGGCCCGGACAGGUAGUGGUAAAACAGCCGCCUUCUUGAUCCCCAUGUUUGAGAAGCUGAAGGGCCCCAACGCCCAAACAGGGGCCCGGGCCCUCAUCCUGACCCCCACCAGAGAGCUGGCCCUUCAGACCAUGAAGUUCACCAAAGAGCUUGGGAGAUUCACCGGUCUCAAGACCGCACUGAUCCUCGGUGGAGAUGGCAUGGACGAUCAGUUUGCAGCUCUUCACGAGAACCCUGACAUAAUCAUCGGCACCCCCGGGCGUCUCAUGCACGUCAUCCAGCAGAUGAACCUGAAGCUGCAGAGUGUUGAGUACGUGGUGUUCGACGAGGCAGACAGGCUGUUUGAGAUGGGCUUUGCAGAGCAGCUGACGGAGAUCAUCCGGAGACUUCCAGACAACAGGCAGAGCCUGCUGUUCUCCGCCACGCUGCCCAAGCUGCUGGUGGAGUUCGCCAGAGCCGGUCUGACGGAGCCAGUGUUGAUCCGUUUAGAUGUGGACACCAAGCUGAGCGAUCAGCUCAAGUUGAACUUCUUCCAUCUCCGCCUGGACGACAAGCCUGCUCUCCUGCUCCACCUGCUGAGACACGUGGUGAAGCCCCAGGAGCAGACGGUGGUGUUUGUGGCCACCAAGCACCACGUAGAGUACGUGAAGCAGCUCCUCACCUUGGAGGGGGUGGAGUGUGCGUACAUCUACAGUGCUCUGGACCAGACCGCCAGGAAGAUCAACAUCGGCAAAUUUGUCCACCGGAAGGCCAUGGUGCUGAUCGUGACGGACGUGGCGGCGCGUGGUAUCGACAUCCCCCUGCUGGACAACGUCAUCAACUACAACUUUCCCUCUAAGGCCAAGCUGUUCCUGCACAGAGUCGGUCGUGUGGCGCGUGCGGGGCGCAGCGGUGUGUCCUACAGCCUGGUUUGUCCAGACGAGAUCCCCUUCGUCUACGACCUCCACCUCUUCCUGGGAAGACCUCUACAGCUUGCUACGCCCCAACAUCCGCCAGAUGCGGACGGUGUGUUUGGCCGGGUGCCCCAGUGCAUCCUAGACGAUGAGGGCGCCCAGCUGUUGGCCGUCCACGAGAACUCGCUGGAUCUCAGCCAAAUCCACCACAUCUCAGAGAACGCCUACAAGCAGUACCUAAAGUCCCGGCCCAGUCCCUCGCCGGAGUCCAUCAAGAGGGUCAAGAACACGGACCUGUCUACCCUGGCGGUCCACCCUCUGCUAGGGGCGGGGAUGGACAAGAUGGAGCUGGAACGGCUUCACAUCGUGGACGCCAUCAAGGGCUACAAAUCCAAAUCGACCAUCUUCGAGAUCAACUCCAACAGCAAGACGGUGGCGUGCAAGGUGAUGCAGCGGAAGCGCUCCCGGGACACCCGGCUGGUGGAGAAGUACAGCAAGAAGCGGGAGGACCAGGUGACGGAGAGCCGGCUGCUCCACGCCCAUCUCCCCGUCAUCCCGAGCAACCAGACCGUCGCGGAGACGCUGGGGGUGGAGGGCAGCGAGGAGGAGGAGGAGCUUUUACAGGGGGUGUUCUCAGAGGUGGUGGGAGGGAAGCGUAGACGACCAGCGCAGGAGAACGAGGAGACAGAGAAGUCAACGCUGAAGAGGAGCAAAGCGGGCGGCAAAGAUGAAGAGUUCUACAUCCCUUACAGACCCAAAGACUUUGACUCUGAGAGAGGGUUGAGCCUGGGCUCGGAGGGCACUAUGUUUGACCAGCAGGCCACCUCCGCUGUCCUGGACAUGAUGGGAGACGAGGGAAGGGCUCUGAACCAGCAUAAACGAAUCAUGAAAUGGGACCGCAAGAAGAAGCGCUUUGUCACAGACACGGGAAAAGAGGACCAGAAGAAGAGGGUCCGCCUGGAGACCGGCCAGGUGGUCAGUGCCAAGAACAAGAAGAACUUCUAUGAAGAGUGGAAGAAGAAGUACAAGGUUGACGAUGGUGACUUUGACGGAGAAGGAGGAGGAGGAGGAGGCAGAGGCAGAGGAGGAAGAGGAAGAGGAAGGGGUUUCGGAGGAGGACGUGGCCGAGGGCGUGGCGGUCGAGGCGCGCCGUCCAGGAGUCCCGGGGGGCCCCAGCCGGGGGGCCAGCGGGUCCGCUCGGAGUUGAAGAGCAGUGAUGAGAUCCUGAAGACGCGCCGGAAGCAGCAGAAGCAGCAGUUCCUGCAGAGCGGGGGCCUCAAGAGGGGGCGACAGGGCUCCGGCGGGGGAGGGCACUCGGGGAGCUUCGGGGGGAGGGGCCACUCAGGGGGUGGGGGCUUCGGGGGGCGGGGAGGAAGAGGCAACAAGAGGGGAGGGAGGAGGAUGUGAAGUAGAGGGGGCAAACAGGGAGAUGGAGGAAAGCUAUUUUAUAAAGUGUAGGGGUUGGAGCUCGGGUCCGCUGAGCCUGAUGGCUCUUGGUGUCCUAAGACCCCCUGCGGAGAUGUCACGGGCUCUGUCUUGGGACAUUUCCUUAGCUUGGAGCAGGAAAGUCCCUUUCCUUUGUUGUCAUGGUGCGUGAGAAAAGGACUGUACUUACCACAUCUGCAUAAUAUGUGUGUUCAUAUUUGCAUCAUGAUUGUAUGAAUAAUUAUUAAAUGGUGAACUGUUAA